AUGGCGCAACCCAAUGGAGAGCAGGAGCACUCGAAAGAGGUUGCUCAGGCUUCGCAAGAGCCCACAAAUGGCAUCCACCCCGAGGGCGCUGCCGAGGACGACAAUGCGGGCGGUCUCUUCCAGAUCUCCGUGAAGCUUCCUCAUGAGCCGCACAAGAUCCAGGUGAUGGUCUCAAGCCAAGAACAGGUGCAAGAUGUCCGCCAAUCGAUCGUCGAGCUGCCCGGUACCUUCCAGUACACAUGCUUCCACCUUGAGUUCAAUGGCACCCGCAUCAACGAUUUUGUCGAGCUGUCCGAGGUCCCCGACUUGAAGGCCAACUCCGAGAUUGUUUUGGUGGAAGAUCCCUACACCGAGAAGGAGGCCCGCAUGCAUAUUGUGCGAACACGGGAGCUGGUUGGUGCGGCUGGUGACCGUGUGGAUAACCUGCACGGUAUCUCCGCUGGUCUCUCGCUGCACGAUGCGAUCUCGGCAGAGGCUGCUAAGGCUGGCGAGUCGGAAAAGGACCACUCGCUCGCCAAGUAUAACUUGACCGGCGAGUCUUCGCUGCAGACUAUUCUGCCCAAGGAACAGACCCCUCUUCCUAAGACCGUGAAGUCAAUCUCACUAUCACCGUGGAACCCGGUGCCCUACAACCUCCGUCAAAAGGGCCACCUGCUCUACCUCCAGGUCACCACCAACGAGGGGGAGCAGUUCCCCAUUACCUCCCACGUCUCGGGCUUCUUCGUGAACAAGUGCUCGAGCACCAAGUUCGAUCCUUUCCCCAGAACUAUUAUGCCCAAGAACGUGAAGGGCAAUGCCCACUCUCUCCUCACUCUGAUCUCUCAGUUGUCGCCCUCCUUCAACACUGCCUUUGAGGCUCUGCAGGAGUCCAACAACCAGAAGGAUCUCCUGACCACCUUCCCCUUCCAGAACGCCAUCCCGAACAGCCCCUGGCUCGUGACUCCCGCUACUUCGAGCCAGAACGCCCACCAACCGGAUAUCACACGCUCUCAGGAGAGCUAUUUGAUCUCUGGCGUGGACAAUGCCGAGACCCUGCGGGACUGGAACGAGGAGUUCCAGACUACCCGUGAGCUGCCCCGUGACACUGUUCAGGAUCGUGUGUUCCGUGAGCGCUUGACUUCCAAGCUGUUCGCUGAUUAUAAUGAGGCUGCUGCUCGUGGCGCGGUGUUGGUCGCCCGCGGCGAGGUCGCUCCUCUCAACCCCACUGAGGCUCGGGAUGCGCAGAUUUUUGUCUAUAACAACAUCUUCUACUCCUUCGGUGCUGAUGGCGUUGGUACUUUCACCUCCGAGGGUGGUGACGAGGCUGCUCGUGUGGCUGUUGGUAAGGAUGUUUUGGGCAUCAAGGCUGUGAACCAGCUUGAUAUCCAGGGUCUGUUCACUCCUGGUACCGUCGUGGUCGACUACCUGGGCAAGCGUAUUGUCGGCCAGAGUAUCGUCCCUGGCAUCUUCAAGCAGCGUGAGCCUGGCGAACACCAGAUUGACUAUGGUGGUGUCGAAGGCAAGGAGGUUGUGGCCACUCACCCCGACUUCCAGCCUGUCUUUGAGAAGCUGUCCAAGGCCCUUCGUAUUAAGCAGCACCCUGUCUGGGACAAGGAUGGCAAGCGUCAUGACCUCGAGGGCAGCGUUGAGACCAAGGGUCUGCUCGGCACUGAUGGACGCAAGUACGUUCUUGAUCUGUACCGUGUGGCACCUCUGGAUGCUUUGUGGCAGGAGGAGGAUGGCAGCGAUGCCUACCCCCACCGCAUGUCGGUUCUGCGACUUGAGCUGGUUGAGUCGCACUGGCGCACCAAGAUGAGCGCAUAUGUCAAGGCUGAGGUUGAGCGCCGCAAGGCUGAAAAGGCCGAACAGGCCUCAAAGGAGACCAAGUCCGAGGAGGGUUCAGAGGAGAAGACUGAGGAGAAGACUGAGGAGAAGACUGAGGAGAAGACUGAGGAGAAGACUGAGGAGAAGACUGAGGAGAAGACUGAGGAGAAGACUGAGGAGAAGACUGAGGAGAAGACUGAGGAGAAGAGCGAGGAUCAGGAUCGUGUUGACAUCUCUGGAUUCAACCUGUCUCUCAAUCCUGAUGUUUUCAGUGGCCAGGUUCCCCAGACCGAAGAGGAGAAGGAGCAGUGGGCCCAGGAUGAGAAGGAAGUGCGGGAAGCUUGCGAGCACCUCCGGACCAAGAUCAUGCCCGACCUGGUUCAGGACCUUCAUGAUGGCGACGUUGGCUUCCCCAUGGACGGCCAAUCGCUCACUCAGUUGCUGCACAAGCGUGGUAUCAACAUCCGCUACCUCGGCAAGCUGGCCCAGCUCUCCACCGAGAAGGGUCCCCGUCUCCAGGCUCUGUCCACUCUCCUUGUCCAGGAGAUGAUUGCUCGUGCCUUCAAGCAUGUUGCCAACCACUACCUGCGCAAUGUCCCCGCUCCCUUCAUCGCUCCCUGCCUUACUCAUCUCCUGAACUGCCUGCUGGGUACUGAUGUCAACUCUGCUCCUCGUCCUGAGAUCGACCAGUCUCUGCGUGAUAUCUAUCCCGAGGGCGACUUUUCCUUCGAGAAGGUCACUCCCGAGUCGCUGCGUGUUGAGAUGGAGAAGCAGGUUUCCGUCCGCUACCGCUUCUCUCUUGCGGAGGGAUGGGUCAGCUCCCUGCGCCACCUGCAGCUCCUGCGUGAUAUCUCCAUCAAGCUGGGUCUCCAGCUCGGUGCUCGCGAGUUUGCCUUCACCAAGGACCAGGUCAAGGAGCCCGCUCCCGUCACUAACGGCUCCAACGGCAGUGGGGAGGAUGGCAGCAACAAGAAGAAGAAAAAGAAGGGUGGCGACAACAAGUCCCCCACCCGCGCCCCUGUCCAGGCCAAGGCGGCUGUCACUUUCACUGCGGAUGACAUUCUGAACAUCGUCCCGCUGGUCAAGGAUGCCUCCCCGCGCAGUGCUUUGGCUGAGGAGGCCCUGGAGGCUGGCCGCAUCUCGCUCAUGCAGAACCAGAAGCAACUGGGCCAGGAGCUCAUUCUGGAGUCUCUGUCUCUCCACGAGCAGAUCUACGGCAUCCUCCACCCCGAGGUCGCUAAGCUGUAUCACCAGCUUUCCAUGCUGUACUACCAGACCGACGAGAAGGAGGCGGCCGUGGAGCUGGCUCGCAAGGCUGUCAUCGUCACUGAGCGCACCUUGGGUGUCGACUCUGCAGACACCAUUCUGGCUUACCUCAACCUGAGCUUGUUCGAGCACGCUUCUGGUAACACCAAGACCGCUCUGGUGUAUAUCAAGCACGCCAUGGAUCUCUGGAAGAUCAUCUAUGGUCCUAACCACCCCGACUCGAUCACUACCAUGAACAACGCCGCCGUCAUGUUGCAGCACCUCAAGCAAUACGCCGACUCUCGCAAGUGGUUCGAGGCAUCCCUGUCCGUGUGUGAGAACCUGUUUGGCCCACAGUCCAUCAACACUGCUACCAUCCUCUUCCAGCUUGCCCAGGCUCUAGCUCUGGACCAGGACUCCAAGGCUGCUGUUGGCAAGAUGCGCGAAGCCUACAACAUCUUCCUUGCUCAGCUUGGCCCCGAGGACCGCAACACCAAGGAGGCUGAGACUUGGCUGGAGCAGCUCACUCAGAACGCCGUCUCCAUUGCGAAGCACGCCAAGGACAUUCAGGCCCGUCGCCUGCGCCGCAUCAACAUCACACCCCGCGUUUCCACCAUGGGAACUCGGGUGCAGCCUCAGGUCGGUCAGACCGCUCCUGAGACUGUUGGCACCGCCAGUACCGCUGGAUCCGGCCUGGACUCGCGUAGCAUUGACGACCUGCUGAAGUUCAUCGAGGGCAGUGACCAGACCUCUUCUCGCUCUAAGAAGAAGCGCACCGCCGCCAACCCCAAGCUUCGUGGAUCCAAGCAGUCCAAGGCUUAA